CCCAGUUACAGCUCACGUUUGGUGACAGCUUGUGAACCUCUGCACCUGGGCCACACUUUAAAACUUGAUUUCUCUGUGUCAAACACCAAUUUUCCGGCUAUUUCUGCGCCUAAAAAUAAGAUAUUUUUUUUUGCAAAAAAAGAUAUCUUGCAUCGAUCGCAUUGACCCGGGCAAGACUUGUGACACGCGAAGUGUAAGGGCCAUGGCCUUCCUCGGGAGCACAGUGCGGCGGAUGGUGACGGCAGUGCGGCCUCCACGCUCUCCCUUGUGCCGGACACCUGCUCGCUCCUGCAGCUCUGAGCCCACCAAAGAAAAAAGUGUCCCCUAUGAGAAGACACUCAAACAGAACGAUAGAGCCUCCUCUGGACCCACUAAACCUUUACCUAGAUCAGCAGAUGCGGUGGUGAUCGGAGGAGGCAGUCUGGGCUGUCAGACCAUCUACCACUUGGCUAAAAUGGGGAUGACCAAUGUAGUUCUGCUGGAGAGAGACAGACUUACUGCCGGCACCACCUGGCACACUGCAGGCCUGCUGUGGCAGCUGCGGCCCAGUGAUGUCGAGGUCGAGCUCUUGGCUCACACGAGAAAUGUGAUCAGCAAAGACCUGGAGGAGGAGACGGGUCUCCACACAGGCUGGAUCCAAAAUGGAGGACUCUUCAUCGCCUCCAACAAGCAGAGGCUGGACGAGUACAAGCGCCUCAUGUCGCUGGGUAAAGUUUAUGGUAUCGAGUCUCAUGUCCUGUCACCUGCUGAGACCAAGGACCUGUAUCCUCUGAUGAACGUCGAUGAUCUGUAUGGAACCCUGUAUGUACCUAAAGAUGGCACCAUGGACCCAGCCGGCACAUGCACCACCUUGACCAGAGCUGCAUCCGCCCGGGGAGCCACGGUGAUCGAGAACUGCCCCGUGACUGGCAUCCAAGUACGCGCAGAUGACCUGGGAAUAAAGAGAGUGAAGGCAGUGGAGACCGCCCAUGGGACCAUUGAGACGCCCUGUGUGGUAAACUGUGCAGGUGUGUGGGCCACCAAGCUGGGUGAUAUGGCCGGAGUCAAGGUGCCGCUUAUCGCCAUGCAUCAUGCUUAUGUGGUGACAGAGAGAAUUGAAGGUAUACAG